AUGUUUAUUUUUUAUUUAUUUACUAUAGCCAAAUUUCAGAGGAUCCUUGAACCCUAAUUAACAAGAAUAAAUGAACAUAUUUAACACACAGAAUACAAUACAAAUAUAGGAUAAACCUUAUUAUUGUAAUAUAAUAGGUAUAGAGUUUAGAUAAAUUUAUAUAUUAGUUAUCCUGGAGUUUAUGAAAUGUAGCUUAAUAAAGUAAUAGAUGAUGAAUCUUUUGAAAUGAUGCCUAAUACAACUAUUGAUCCAUUCACUUUAUAUGAUUGUUAUCCAUAUGCAAGAAGAUUAGUUUAUUAAGAUCUCUUUCUUGAAACAUUUACAACAAAUUCUACUAAUGCAUACUUUACAGCUUUAUUUAUUGAAAAUAAUUAUGUUUAUGCAACUCGAAGUGACAAUCAUUUUGUUGUUAUGGAAAUCGAUUUUGAUGGUGAUACUAUUAAAAAUUUCAAAAAAGUAAAAAUAAAUAAAAUUCCAUCCAUAAAAUAAGAAAGUGAUGCACAUUAAAUUGUAUGUAAUUCUAAUUAUUGUAUAAUCUUUACUUUAAAUGAUGCUUUAUUAGUCAAUUUAAUUAGUGAUCAAUUUACCUAAUUAAAUUUGAAUAAUAAAUAAUAUCCAUAGCAUAUUCAUUAUUGCUAGAAAUUAUAAACUCUCUAUGCCGCUUAUGGUAGAGAGGGUAUUGAUGUCUAUUUAUUUAAUAACAAUGAAGACCUAUAGUUUCUAACUAAUUUAAAUAUUGAGGGAAAUUUUUUAGAAGUAUUAACAAAUGAAGAAAGCACUCAACUCUAUUUAUUAAAUGGAGAUUCUGGAUUAUUAAUUUAUGAAAUAUUUUCUAUUAAUUAAUAUGAGGAUACUGGUAUCACUGUGAAUUUAAAAAAUAUUGUUUCUUUCGAUUUUUAUUAAAAAACAUUUAUAUUUGUAGCUAAUACUGAUUCAGGAGAUCCCUAUGCAAUUGAAGUGUUCUUAGAUAAUAAUGAUUAUUACUUUAAUAGAAUUUAUUCUAAAGAUAUGGAUAUCUUUGAUGUUUAUAUGGGAGAACAUUAUGCAAUUCUUAUAGGGUAAGAAAUUCAUAGAGUUAUUUAUCAUUCAAUAUACAAUAAAUAUUUAAAUAAAAUAGAUGUUCCAUUAUUUUUUGAAGAUUUUGGUUUGGAAAAUGUAGAAGAAUUCAAAGUGAAAAAUAAAAAAUUAUAUAACCAAAAUGCAUUCGAUUUUGAACCAUUUUAAAAAGCAACCAUAUAUUAUAAAUAAGCAUUUAUGGUUGGUAUCUCUGAUAAUAAUAUCAAUAUAUUUUCCAUAAAAAGUAUUUUCCCAUGGUUGCAAUGUAGACAACCAACAACUGAUACUACUGUAAUAUAUAUGUUUAUCUAUUUAAUUAGCAUUAUUCAUUAAUAAUGAAUUCAACUUAAUGUAGUGCUAAAGAAUCUGAAAAUGAUUAUUCUCCAUUUUCAUAAUGUGUAAUUUAUCAUAACUUUACUGUAAUUGGUAAAGAAAUAUUCUUUUUUGAAGAAGAUGAAACAUUUGUGAUUGCUUUAGGAAGUAUAUUAGGGUAAAAAUUUUUUAAUUUACAUUAUUAGUGGUUUAAUAAUAUUCUUAUUAGUGCUUUUAUUGAUGUGCAGAAGAGUACUAUAUUAAAAAUUGAAAAACUACACAAUAAUGAAUGAAGUUCCUCUUAAAGUUGAAGAUAUUCCAUUAGAACCUAUGCCUGGUGAAAAUGCACUUGUGUCUUGA